UGCUAAUAAUAUAUAGAAGACUUUGCAUAAGGAAGGUACAAGGAUAAGUUGCAGAUAUCCCAUAAUGUCUAAUCAGAUUUCAGCAGUUUCUUCAAUCCACAUUCCAACAUCUAAUCAUGUCAAACGUUCAUCUUCUACUCAUCAUCCAACAAUAUGGGGAGAUCAGUUUCUCAAUUGUGUCACUGAUUCUAAGAUAAUCGAUGCUUCGAACGAGCAGCAACACGAAGGAUUAAGGCAAGAAGUGAGAACACUAUUGAUAACCAAUAUGAAGAGUGAGCCUAGCAAAUUAUUGGGUUUGAUUGAUGCGGUUCAGCGGUUAGGCGUUGAUUACCAUUUCAAGAGUGAGAUAAAAGAAGCACUGCAAAAGAUUUUCGACGACGACCAUGAGAUCAAGGACCUUUACACUGUUGCUCUUCGAUUUCGACUGCUCAGACAGCAUGGAAUUAAGGUUUCAUCUGAAAUAUUUGAGAGAUUCAAAGAAAGUAAUGGUAAUUUUAAGACAUCCAUAACCAAUGAUGUAUUGAGCAUGCUAAGUUUGUACGAGGCAGCGCAUCUUAGCAUCCGAGGAGAGGUAAUACUAGAUGACGCCUUAGCUUUCGCCACAGAGACUCUUCAAUCAUUGUUGCCUGGAUUAACCAAUCAUCUAGCGACACGUGUAAGUCAUUCCUUGAACCGUCCUAUCCGAAAAUGCUUGCCACGGUUAGAGACAAGGUACUAUAUUGAUGUCUAUCCUAUGGAGAAGUCAUACGACGAGACGUUGUUGAAAUUCGCUAAAUUGGAUUUCAAUAUGUUGCAAAAAUUACAUCAAAAGGAGCUCUAUAGUGUCACAAAGUGGUGGAAAAGUUUGGAUGUGGCAACUAAUUUACCUUAUGCAAGAGACAGACUUGUGGAGUUGUACUUUUGGAUGAUGGGAAUUUACUUUCAACCAAAAUAUUCUUUUGCAAGAAUAAUGAUGACAAAAAUAGCCGCAACUGUAUCCUUAUUGGAUGAUACUUAUGAUAACUAUGCUACAUUUGAAGAAGCUGAGAUUUUAACAGAUGCUAUUCAAAGGUGGGAUAUUAAGGCCAAAGAUACUCUUCCAGAGUACAUGAAGUUGAUCUAUGUUACGUUGUUGGAUCUCUACAAUGAAUAUGCAGAAAAUAUUGCUAAUGAUGAAAAGCCACUUUACUCCCUGUAUUAUGCCAAAGAAGCAUUAAAGAGAGUAAUGCGAGCCUACUUAGCCGAAGCCAAGUGGCGCGAGCAAGAUUAUGUUCCAACAAUGGAGGAAUAUAUGGAAGUUUCACUUAUAACUUCUUGUUACCAAUUUCUGGCUAUAAAUUCAUUUCUGGGCCUGGGGGAAAUUGCAACAAAACAUGCCUAUGAGUGGAUUUUAGAAGACCCUAAACUUAUUAGAGCUUCAACGAUUAUCUCCAGACUUAUGGACGAUAUAAUGUCUCAUGAGUUUGAACAAACAAGAAAACAUGUUGCUUCAGCGGUUGAAUGCUACAUGAAACAGUACGGUGCAUGUAAAGAAGAGACAGUGAAAUUGUUUGAAAAUGAGAUUAGAAAUGCAUGGAAAGAUAUAAACGAGGGGUGCCUCAGCCCAACUGCAAUUCCAAUGCCACUGCUAGAGUGUAUUCUGAAUCUUGUGCGAGCAAUGGAUGUGAUAUAUAAGGAUGAAGAUGGAUACACAAAUUCUCAUAUCAUAAAACACUUGAUUGCCUCUGUGCUCGUCGACCCUGUCCUUCUUUAAUUCAUGUCUUGUCUAAAUUGUUUAAUUUAUGUUUGACCAGUGGUUAAUGAGUAAAAGGAUUUAGAAGAGUCA